UCUAACAGAGAGAUGCCAGUCAAGUAUCACCUGUUACCUGGUAGACAGCCUGUGAGCAGUUUGGUUCUGGAGCGACACAACCUGAAGAUGCCAAGGCUGAAAAUCAUCAGAAGCAAUGCUCAAAGAGGCUCUGCAGAGAGUCGUAGUUGUGGCAGCAGUGGUGAUAAACGUGCCAAAGAAGACACCAAAGCACGCAAUUGUAUGUCAUAUGAGUUUGAUAAGCCAAACCUGGCUGAGGUCACGGUGCACAAGGUGAUGGAUGUCUUCAGGGGCACAAAGGCAGUGGUGGAAAAAUUAAAGGGAUGCUGUAAGUACACCAAGAAAGACAUCCAGAGCCUGGAGGAGAGUAAACGCGUCAUCCAAGAAUUGGCUGCUGAGCUGUACAGGGUCUCCCAGAACAGCGAGGUUUUGUCAAGAGCCUGCAAGAACGAUGACACCGGCAACCCAAAGGAAUGCAAAAAGUUUAUCCUGGAGUGGGCUGAGGAACUGAAACCCACAUUACAGCAGAAAAUUGUAGGUGUGCCUCCAAGCGAAAGGUCAUCAGAGGUCCGUGGUGCUGAGGAACAGAGCCAGUCAGAGCCCACUGAGCCCCAGAGUCCAGCCCAGGAGCUGAAGAUGAAGGACAGCCAGCACAUCCUGUCUGAGUGGGCCAAGAGCUUGAGGUCACUUCCUGAGGGCUCUGUGUCCGCAGGACAGGAUGUGACCCAGGUACUGGAAGAGCUGGGCAGCCAGUGGAAGAGAGGUCUUCUGCCCAACAUCCUCCCCAUCCUGGAGUUCAUCAUGUGGAGUGUGAUCAGAGACAGACCUGAGGAAGGCACCAUUCCCCACCUGUGGCUGUCCACCAAGCAGAGGUUCAGGUGUGCAGAUGCAGUGCAACACAUCCCUGACUCAGUCUGGAAAUGGAUUAAUAACAUGUCAGAUGAUGUACAGCUGGAUCCCAAAACAGCCAACCCAGGCCUCAAGCUGUCCGAAGAUGGAAAACGUGUGCAAAUGGGUGUUAUAAUUGAAAGUACCAGCUCAAACUACCCUGUUUUAACUUCUCAAAAAUAUGAUGGGUGGUGGUGUGUCGUGGGGAAGGAGGGCUUCACCUCAGGGAGACACUACUGGGAGGUACAGCUGUCAGGGAAGCAGGACUGGAGGGUAGGAGUGAUCAGAGAGUCUGCCCCACGCAAUGGGUUCGUUGACCUGAACACAAGGACAGGUUACUGGACCCUGCGGCUGCAGAAUAGUCACUUCAGAGCCCUCACUUUGCCGGCCACCAUCCUCUCAGUGAAACUGGUUCCCUCCAGGCUUGGAGUCUACCUGGACAUUGAGGAAGGGCAGCUCUCCUUUUACAAUGUGGAGAGAAGAAGUCACAUCUACACUUUCAAUGCGACCUUCACUGAGAAAGUCUAUCCUGUGUUCGGUACAACAGAAACAGGGAUAGACCUAGAAAUAGUUGACACAGGAGGAGAAAAAAGAAUGAGAUCUAAAAAUGUCUAAAUGCCAUAAAGCUCUGAUUGUGUUAGAUUAUGUUUUUGUUCUUAUUUUUUUACAGUAUGAACGUAUAAAAUUUUAAGCCAGAGCAUGUUCUCUCCCACCCUGUAAUCACAAAGGAUUCCACACAGUACCAGAACCCCUGUCUUGUGAACCAACUUUUAGCUGUACCAGCACACUUACUAUUUCAUUUAAAGAGUUUUUAGAUUUGUCUGCAGCCAUCUAAAUUUGCUUUUGGCCUUCAUUUAACUCAGGAAUGGAAUGUUUCAGCUCAGUAAAGUUCACAAAGAUGAUACAGUAUAUAACUCUGCCCACUGUCCCAUUCAUCAGUGCUAAAUCUGCCGUGGGAGCAGCAUUUAAAUUUUAAAUUAUUAGGCAAUGAAUAACAUUAUUUAUAUAGUAUGUAUUCCUAAUCUAUUUGUUGUCCAAAUAUGGACCCAGCCUGUGACACAGGCAACAGAGAACCCAUUUCCCUCACCCUCUCCACUCUGUCCUGGAUCUCAGUGCUUUCAGCCUGUGUGUGUCACAUUUCUUUCUGGUGUUUCACUGGAUGGUGCUGUUUAUGUAAAUGUAUGUAAAUGUUGCACCUUAAUACAGAAAAUAAACAUAUUAUUAAAACAA